CAGGUGUUUUGACAGGUAGUGAUUCACCUCGCAGUCUUUCUAUUAGUUUGUUAAACUUCGUUCGCCGGUAGUAGGCUACCAUUGGGAUAUUAAUCUUAUUAAUAUUCACUAAACCUUGUUUUUUUGUUUGUGUGUCGCUGGAGGCGGGAAAGCACCAAGGAAUAUCCGGUCACUGCUUCAAAGUUGCAGAUGCAGGAGGCCAGUGAGGUCCACAGCCCGGAGGACGACAUGGUGGAGGGAGACCUGGGGGACGGGAUGGGAGUCAAAGCAGCACCCAGCUCCACCAGGAAGAAGAGCCAAAGCUUUGGAGGACUCACCGAGACGCGGCCGUCCCGAACAGAGCCGGGAGAGGCGGGCUGGAUCCUCGGACUAAAGACUGCAGAGACACAGCAGCAGAGAGCCCGCUGGAAGCUGCCACUCUCCGGUGCCCUGGUGGACCUGUCCAAAGACGAGCUGAAAGACAGACUACAGGAAGCCACUGAGGUGAUUGACGUGUUAUGCGGUGAGCUGGAGGUGGCACAUCGGUACCUGGAAGGCAAAUAUGAAGCUCUGAAGAUCUUACAGGGGAAGGCCAUUCUUGACAAAGCCACGAGUCACACUAAAAGUCUGCUGCAGAAAAGCGAGGCGAGGGCCAAAGCCCUGGAGAAGGAGGUGAACAGCUUGCAGUGGGAACUCAGCUUCAACCAGGUCCAGAUGAAGAAGACUCAACAAUCCUGGGAGCAGAAAUACAACAGAAUUUGGAGUGAGAAUAAGACUCUGACCGAGCAACUGGAGAAGGGCGAGAGGGAGAUCCAGCAGCUCCGGGCAGAACAUUCCGCUUUUAGCCGGCAGUGCUUGGAGCUCCUCUCCAUGCUGAGUGUGAAGGAGCAGAGAGCUUACCAAGAAACCAAACCUCACUACAGCCCGGAGAGAGACGCAAGUCUUCUGGAGCUGGCGGUUUUGGGGGCGUGCCGGUGUCUCGGUGCUGCUGAAGCUUGUCCGUGCAGUCGGGCCGCGGCUGGCAGCAGGAAGCAGAUGGUCCAGCUCCAAAAGGAGCUGGAUGCGCAGCGUCUGAAGAGAGAGGAGGCGUGGAUGGUCGCCGAUGCGUUUCGCAUCGCCUUUGAACAGCAGCUGAGGAAACGGAGUGAGCACUUCCUCCUGAAGUCUAAUCAGGGCAAAGCUGAAGGUGCUAACAGCAGCCCUUUAAUCAGUGUGAGCCAGAGGUUGAGAGGACUGCUGCCGUCCAAGAUGCCUGAGACUGAGACUGAGACUCUCUACCGACUACUGGACUUGCUGAACGACAAGGAGGAGGCCCUGGCCCACCAGAGGAAGGUCAGCAUCAUGUUAGCCCACAGUGCAGAGGAGCUCCAGAGACAGUUGCAUCUGGAUUCCCAUUGCCAGCCAGCAGACCCACCAGAGAACCGCAACCAGCAGACUUGUGAUGCGUCAGAGUCAAAGAUAGAAGCCCACGUCUCGUCAGAGUCAAGCACCCAUGCACAGCAACAGCUACAGCUGCCAGAUUCCCAGCAUCAGUCGGGACAACCAGCACGUCUGUCAGAGUCCAGGACUGAACCCCAGGAGCUGCCAGACCCAUCGCAGUCCAACAGCCAGCCACUGUGCAAGCACAAAAACCACAAGACUGAAAUCCCAAAAUCAGAGUCCUGAUCCAGCCAGCAGACGCCUGUCUCAGACAGAGAAGCAGCAGGCAGGGUUCGAUUCUAGAACAGGAAGACGUGGUUUUAGCACACAGCACCUGACAAUGUUGCACACAUCCAUGUAGUGGCAAGAAAAAUGGAUGUUUAAAGAAAAGUGAGGGAGGUCCACACAUCAGCGGACAAAUGGCCCUUCUUGGGACAGGCAUUGGAAAUUAGCAAUUGCCAAGGGAGACGCCAGCCACCCUCCUGAGGAAAUCCACCCUUUUAGUCACGACCCAGCCUUCAUGACUACAAUAGGGUAUUCGGGAAAAUUGUCCGGUAGAUCGAGAGCUUUGCCUUCUGGCUGUGCUCUCUUUCGGUGUGUUACAGUGAGUGUAAUACCGCCCCCGCUGUUCUGAUUCUCUGGCAAGUCUCCCGCUCCAUUGUCCCCUCACUUGCCAAUCAGACCCUGAGGUAUUAAACUCCUUCACUUGGGGUAAGGACUCAUUCCCUACCUGAAAUAGAAGCCACUCCAUCGGUUUCCUGCUGAGAACAAUGGUCCUCAUCCAAGCCCCUUCACAUACCAGCUGCGAUCCCAUCCAGUGAAAAAUACAUAAUAAUGCUUAACCCUCCUGUUGUCUUUGGGUCCCAUUAGACCCAUUUUCACACAAAAAAAGAAAUUUAUCACAGAAAUAUGGUUUUCUUUCAAGCAAAUUGCCAGAAAUGAACCUAGAUGGUUCCAUGUAAUCCUCUUCUGUAGGAAACUGAGGACCUGCACCCUACUUUCAUUGGAUUCUGGGUGUUUUAUUCGGCUGUAGAGCAUAUUUCUGCUUUUUAAACUCAAAAAUCAGGUUUAUUGACCCUGAAUUCCAAGAAUACGUGUAAAACACGCAUCACUUGGUAGUUGAAUUGUAAUUGAAAAAACAUAACUUUAAAAAAAAUAAAACUUGUGUGCCGGAAGCCAAGGGGAAAAGAAUGUUGAAAGCCGGGAGGACAACACAAGGGUUAAUACUUGCAUAAAGACACC